GCGCCGCCUCCUCCGCUGCUUCCAGGUGCUCAUCACCAAGCUGCGCUCGGAGGGCUCGAUGCGGCCCGGCCGCGGCCCCGACCACCUGGCCGCCGAGCAGCAGCAGUCCGCCAAGGCCGCCAAGGCCCUGCUCGUGCUCAUCCCGCUGCUCGGCAUCACCUACAUCCUCGUCCUCUACGGCCCCACCACCGGCAACGCCGCGCAGGCCUUCGACCUGGCUCGCUCGCUGCUGCUCUCCACGCAG